AUGCUUCCUUCUCAGUUAAAUGCUUCACCGAAGCGUGCCAACCCGUUUGGUCGGGCAACUCCUUCUCCAACACCGUCAUCUGGCCCGCAGACUCGGAGUCCACGGCCAAAAUCUGCCAUUAUAACGUCGUCAUCGAAGUUCGAAGAAGCCAAGAAUCAUUUUCGCAACUCAGCGUCUAUAUCGCAAUCGUCACCCUCACCUCUAGUACGAACUACGACUCGACAGCGGUCGAGUUCAUUGAGGAAUGAUGCCGCUUCGGGAACAUUCGCACCCGAAUUCAUCAGGUCAGAAGAGCUGCGUCGGGGAGCGGACGAGAUUCGGGGUCUGGAAGGGGACAAUGACUUUUCGGGGAACAAAUACGUCUGGCUACGUCAUCCUGAGAAAGCAUUCAUUCGUGGCCUGGUCCUAGAAGAAAGUGAAAAUGGAAGGUUACUGGUUCAGAGCGAUGAUGGAGAGCAGCGGGAAGUGGAAGUAGACCAAGUCGACAAGGUCAAUCCAGCAAAGUUCGACAAGGCCGAUGAUAUGGCUGAACUUACGCAUUUGAAUGAAGCUUCGGUGGUACACAAUCUGUACUCCCGCUACCAGUCGGACUUGAUCUACACCUACUCCGGGCUGUUCCUUGUAACAAUUAACCCCUACUGCCCGUUGCCAAUAUACACAAAUGAGUAUGUGAAAAUGUACAAGGGCCGCAGCAGAAAAGAGACUCGGCCCCAUAUAUUCGCCAUCGCCGACGAAGCAUUUCGGAAUUUGGUUGAAGAAGGCCAGAACCAGAGUAUCCUAGUAACCGGUGAAUCUGGAGCAGGUAAAACAGAGAAUACGAAGAAGGUCAUCCAAUACCUCGCGGCGGUGGCGACUACAGAUACUCCCUAUGCUCGCUCAGGAUCAAAACAACUGUCUACUUUGUCCCAGCAGAUAUUGAGAGCGAAUCCAAUACUGGAAGCUUUUGGCAAUGCCCAAACUGUCAGGAACAACAACUCCUCUCGAUUCGGGAAAUUUAUUCGCAUUGAAUUCACCCGCUCCGGUCAGAUCUCCGGUGCUUCUAUCAACUGGUAUCUUUUUGAGAAAUCUCGCGUGGUGAAACCCAAUGGCCAUGAGAGAAAUUACCAUAUAUUCUAUCAGUUGCUACAAGGAGCAGAUCCCAAGAUGCGGGAGAGCUUGCUUCUGGACGACCUACAGAUCGAAGACUUUGCCUACACUAGAGAUGGUAAUGACAGCAUCGCUGGGGUAUCUGACGUGGAUGAGUGGAAUUCGUUGAUCGAAGCAUUCCAUGUUAUGAAAUUCUCUGAUGAAGACCAAAUGUGCAUUCUGCGAACCGUCGCAGCUGUCCUUCACUUGGGGAACAUUACUGUUGUCAGAGAAAGCCUCCGUGCAGAUCAAGCCGCUCUGGGUCCCGACUCUUUGAAUAGUGUGGGAAGGGCCUGUCAACUGCUAGGUAUAGCGCCGGAGUCCUUUGUUAAAGGGCUGCUCCAUCCGAGAGUAAAGGCUGGUCGUGAAUGGGUGGAGAAGGUGCAGACCCCCGAACAGGUUCGACUGGCGCUGGACGCUCUGGCGAAAGGAAUUUACGAGCGCGGCUUUGGAAAUCUGGUCAAUCGUAUCAACAGCCGUCUGGACCGCAGUACGAUGGCUGGUGACGAUAGCUUUUUCAUCGGCGUUCUGGAUAUCGCUGGAUUCGAAAUCUUCGAGAACAACAGCUUUGAGCAACUUUGCAUCAACUAUACGAACGAAAAACUGCAGCAAUUUUUCAACCACCACAUGUUCGUCUUAGAGCAAGAGGAAUAUGCGCGAGAGCAAAUCGAAUGGCAAUUCAUUGACUUCGGCAAAGACUUACAACCGACCAUUGAUUUGAUCGAACUGACGAAUCCCAUUGGUAUAUUUUCGUGUUUGGACGAAGAUUGCGUCAUGCCAAAAGCAACAGAUCGCUCUUUUACCGACAAGCUUCACUCGCUGUGGGAUCGAAGAUCACCUAAAUACCGUGCCUCUCGACUAAGCCAAGGGUUCAUGCUGACUCACUACGCUGCCGAGGUUGAGUACGAUACGCAAGGGUGGCUUGAAAAAAACAAGGAUCCUCUGAACGACAAUGUCACCCGCCUCCUUGGAGCAUCAAAGGAUGAGCAUGUUGCCAAUCUAUUCUCUGACUGCGGUGGCCCUGAUGACGAGUUUGACCUCCCCCGAAGUCGAGUCAAGAAAGGUCUUUUCCGCACCGUGGCACAGAGACACAAGGAGCAGUUGUCCAGCCUGAUGAAUCAAUUGCACCAGACUCAUCCCCAUUUUGUUCGGUGCAUCAUACCAAAUCACAAGAAGCGCCCCAAGAUGUUAAAUGCUCCUCUUGUUUUGGACCAGCUUCGAUGCAAUGGUGUGCUUGAAGGUAUCAGGAUUGCGCGCACAGGAUUUCCAAACCGCCUUUCCUUUACUGAAUUCAGGCAGAGAUACGAGGUUCUCUGUCCAAAUCUGCCAAAAGGAUACAUGGAUGGACAGAGCGUUGCUCAUAAUAUGCUGCAACAACUCGCCCUAGACCCGGCCUGGUACCGCGUCGGUCGAACAAAAGUGUUCUUCCGUGCUGGUGUCUUGGCUGAGCUUGAGGAGAAACGGGAUCAGCUCAUCCGCACUAUCAUGACUCGAUUCCAAUCUGCGGCCAGGGGAUUUGUUCAGCGACGGAUCUCGAACAAACGUCUCUAUCGCGCAGAGGCAACAAGGAUCAUUCGGCAUAAUUUUCAUGUCUACCUAGAUAUGAAACGAAAUCCCUGGUGGCGGCUGUUCUCAAGAAUGAAGCCUCUUCUGGGAGAAACGCGUACUGCAAAUGAGGUCAAAAGGAGAGACGAGAAGAUUAAGGAGCUUGAAUCGAAGAUGCAGCAAGACAUUGUUGAACGUCAAAGGCUGGAUGAAGAAAGACGUCGAACGGAGGUCGAGAUACAUAAAAUUCAGCAGAUCCUGGAAAGCGAACGAGCGUUGGCUCUUGACAAGGAAGAGAUUUUCAAGAGACUACAGCUUCGCGAGAUUGAACUGAGCGAGAAGCUGGCUGGAGCAAUCGCGGAUCAGGAAAGCCUGGACGAUCAAUUAGAUGGGCUGAUAGCGGCGAAAAAGAAGACUGAUGAGCAGCUUAGCCAUCGUAUUACACAGCUGGAACAGGCAGGUGAGAUUAUUCAACGACUAGAAUCCGAGAAGCAAGAACUGCAGGCCCGUCUCGAAGAAUUGGACUCCAGGCUGCUGGGUGCUGAAAGCUCUUCCGCCGAGAAAGAAGCCCAUGUCAAAGACCUAGAGCAAGACAUGAAGAUGCUUGAAAGCCACUUAAGCCUCAAAGAUCGGAAACUCCAAGAGCUAGAGGCCAAAUUGCUUAAAACAGACCAAGAUCUUGACAUCAAGCUGGCAAGAACAUCGCAAGAGCUGGAACAAUCGAAAAAGCAGAUCAAAGACUUGAUCGACGAGAACCGAUCUAUUCGGCAGCAAAUUUCCGACCUUUCCUCAACAUCUACAGGGUAUGAAGAAAUGCUCAGGCGAAAGGAAAGUGAAAUCUCCGUUCUGCGCAAUGAUGCAAGAAGGUAUGAAGAUGAGAAGCGAUCCAUGCAGACUGAGAAGGCAUCUCUGUCCCGCCGCCACGAUGAUAUGCAGACGCGCCUGCGAGAGCUGCAGGCAGAAUCAGAUGCGAUGAAAUUGGAAAAACGUCAGCUUGAGCGCGAGGUUACAGAUGUAAAGAAGCUCUUGGAAGAGAAGAUAUCAGAGGAUGCAGAAGCCGGCCAGAGCAGGAAAUUGCUUGAACAACAAAUUCAGGACUUGAAGAACGAAUUGUUCCAGGCACAAGCCGAUCUGAGCCGCGAGCGACAAUCGAGGGAUGAUGUCCAGAUGCUCGCCGAGCACACCCUUGAAGAACUCAGGGACAAAUACGCCUUCUUGAACGAGUCCAAGAUCAUCAUAGAAAAAGAGAUGUACAUUCAGCAAGAUACACUUCGCCGUGCCACUGAAGCCCGACUCGCUGCUGAGGAAUCUCGGAAAGAGCUCCAGACGGAGCUUAUAACUCUCCGCGAUAGAUUCACAAAGGUAGAGAGUGCUCGCUUAGAUGCUGAAGCCGAAGUUGAACGAAACGCCAAGAAACAGGCGAAUGAGCGCCUUGACAGUCUGCGAAAAGAUCUCGAAGAGAAGUCACGUCUCCUGGAGGACAUUGAGGCGGAGCGAGCUCGUCUCACAGCUAGAGUCCAAGAGCUUGACAACGCGAUUGCUGAAUCGGAGAACUUCCGCAUUCGCCAUGAUCAGCACAAGGAGCGCUUGGAAAGGGAGCUGGUUACCCUAAAGGGUCGCCUUACUGCUUCGGAGAACGAUAACCGAGCCCUCUUGACCAAGAUUCAACAGAAGAACCUCGACAUUGCCAGAUCUAAUUCAAAGGCCAGCGAAAGCCAACGUCUUCGCAUCACAAACUUGCAGAAGGAGAAGGCCAAACUAGAAGAAGACAAUAGAAAACUGACUCGACAACUCGGUGAUCUGCAGCUCUCCAUCACGUCUUUAGAAAAGCAGAAAGAAAAGUUGUCCUUGAGCCUCGAAGACCUGAAUCAUGAGGUUAAUCGCGAACACAAGGCCAGUCGCAACGCCGAGAAAGCCGCGUCCACUGCCGGUAUUCAACUGGCGGAGGCAAACCGAAACCUGGAGACCGAGAGACAGCUGCGAAACCAAGCUCAGGCGAAUACACGAAAACUUCAAACUUCUCUUGACAACGCUAAUCAAGAAGUCGAAACCUUGCAUCGUCAGUUGAUGGUGCUGCACAAGUUCGUCGAGCCUGUCGCAGAUCAGCCUGCAGAUUCAUGGGAAUCCAUCCAACCAGACCUGGCUGAAAAGGUGAACCUAGCCCAGCUCCUGGAUACCGUCCAGAAUAAACUGCAAGUAACAGAAGAGAAGUACAACCGAGCGGAGAGCCAGCUGGCUGAGAUGCGUCGCCGCCAUGAGGACGAGAUGAAAGAGCUGGAUGCACGUUACUCUUCUUCCAAGCGUGCACUACUGGAAGAAAUUGACCAAAACCAGGUAGCCGGAAAUCGUACCCCGACGCAUUUAAGAAAGAACUCGGAGAACGGCCUUGUCAAGAAGUUCGCUACACCGACUACACCGAACCGAAGACUGAAUCUCAACGACGCUGCAAUGGACUCCGGUCGGUCAGACCGGACGGUUGACACUGUUGGCUACCAGAAGCGUAUGGAUCUUGCGGCCGAAAUUGAAGAACUCCAGAAUAAACUUCAAAUAAGUGAGAUGCAAAACCGACAUCUCCAGAAUCAGCUCGAGCAGGCCAAUCCUCAUCGAGAUAUGUGGCAGGAUGAGAGUCCAUCUCUCAGACGGAUGCAGCUUCUGGAACGUGAGAACGGCCGUCUGCAUGACCAGCUUGAUGACUCGGCCAAGAAGGUCUCGGCCCUUGAGAGAAGCAUUCAAUCAGGCGAGCUGUCGCUGCGUGAUGUUCAGGCUAAAUCUCAUGAAGAGCUUUAUGAUUUGAUCAACUCCCAAGAACAGUCUCGACGAUCGUUGCUCAGAGUUCACAAUGAAGCUAUGGCUGACUUCACCGAAGCAAAGGCUCAAUUUGAAAAACUCAAGCGAGCAAAGACCACUCUUGAGGUGGAACUGCGAGACGCAUGCUCCGAAGCUCAAGAACUGCAGGUCGCCAGGGAGCAGGACGCCGUGAGCCGAAACCAACUACUCCAGGAGUUUUCUGAUCUGCAGAUUCGACUGGAUGCGGAAACGUCCAAGUCUGCUGAUCUUGCGUCAAGUCUAAGUCUCUAUAAGAGUCGAGCGGAUGAAUACUUCAAUAAGCUCGAACAAGCAGAGAUUACUGUGCUCAAGUCUACCCGUGCGGAGCAGUUCGCCAAAUCACAAGCUCAGGAGGCGGAGGAGACAUGUGCACAGAUAAUGGCUGAACGCAAGCAGAUUGAUGCCCUUGUGGAAGACCUGCAACGACAGACGCAGAUGCUCGAAGCGCGAAUGGAGGAUCAGGCAGCGGAGCUCCAAGGAGCUCUGCAGACAAAACAACGCCUCCAGAACGAGCUUGAAGACUAUAGAAACCAGCGCGCAAUCGACAUCGAGGAUAAGGAGACUUCAAUGGAGCAGACGAGAAUGAAGUAUCAAAGAGAGUUCUCGACCCUCAACAACGAGCUUGAGAUGGAAAGAGAGAAGGUGCUUAACGGUCGCAGCGAAAAUGCUCGUCUUCGGGGGGAACUGGAGGACUUGCGCAGCAAGUGGGAUAACGAAGUCCUGAACAGCUCGACAUGGGCGAAGGAAAAAUCUCGAAUGGAGAUUACAUUGCAGGACGUCACAACAUCGCGCGAUGAGGCUGUGAGUGCUCACAACGAAGCUCAGGGCCGCGUUGUAUCACUUCUCUCGCAGGUGCGAAGCCUGCGAGCAUCGGUGGACGACGUUACGGCAGAGCGAGACAACUUGUUCAAGGAGAAGAAGAUGCUGGAAGCCCGAUUGGCUGAGGCUGCCGAAAGGUUGGAAGAGCUCGCCAAAGGCGAUAAUCCUUCUAUGCGUAAUGCUGCUAGCAUGGACCGCGAGCUGCUGGAACUCAAGUCAAAACUUGCACAGCAAGAAGAUCUUUCCUCUGCUGCCGUUGGUAAGAUGAGACGAGCCGAGGCGCUCGUGACUGAAAUGCAGAAGGAGGUCACCGCGGAAAGGGAGACAAAUACUCAACUAUUCAAGGACAAGGCAGCACUAGAAAAACAGCUUAAGGAGGCCCAGCUGCGAUGCGUCGAUCUCGAAACGAAGAGUUAUUCGACAGGCAGCCAGGAUGUUCGAUUCCUGCAUAAGCGAAUCAAGGAGUUGGAAACCCAUCUGGAGGAGCAGGAGAAUAAGCACAGUUCGGAGCAACGCUCGCUGCGCAAUAUCGACCGUACGGUCAAGGACUUCCAGGCACAACUGGAACGACGUGAUAAGAUGAAUGCUCAGCUCGAGGACGACGUCAAUAAAGGUCGUGAGAAGAUCGAGCGUCUCCUCGGAAACAUCGAGGAGCUCCAACAAAGUGACUCUGAGGCACAGCUUCAAAUCCGUCGAGUCGAAAGAGAGCUACGAGAGGAGCGCGAGAAGGCUUUGAGGCUGGAGCGCGAAUUGGACGGGUGGAAGAAUCUGCGUGUUGAGAGAGGAAGCACCAUUGGAAGACCCCAGGUAACUUUCAGCGAUGCUGGAAGCAGAAGAGGCAGCAGCGUAUUCCGGGCCAGUGAAAUGCCGCAGAGGAUGCCCAGUAACACCAAGGGCUUUUUGUAA